AUCGCAGUCAAUAUUUUUGAUAAAACUGCGCUAAAAAGCGCGUGAAUUUUCUGGUCGGUUAGUUUAACGUCUACCUCUACACCAGACAAGCGUCAUUUGGUGUUUACUAGCCGCUGAACAAGUAUUAUCACUACUUCCCCUUAUCCAGAGAUUUAAGUUUGGACCACGUAAGCCCCGACAUCCUGAUGUGUUAAAAAUCGUAGCUUCAAACUCAUUUGAUUGGCAUCCUGUAAGACCCCGGAAUUGCAACGCCCCCCUCUCCCUCGCAGUCACUUCAUUGCUUCCACUAUAAUUCUGUUGUAAAGCAUAUCCUUUAACUUACACUUUUACCAAUCGAUUUUCUACUCGAUCGUUUACUGCUUACUGCAGAACAAUGGCGGCGGGACGAAGGCAAUUGUCUUCACAUCUGUGUCCCCUUGAGGUCCUUUUUGGCAGCGUGGGGCCCCAGCUGCUGUAUUCCGCUGGGGCGAUUUUUGUGCUGUUUCUUGCGGACGUGUAUGCAUUGCAAAUCUGUAGUCGAAGAUCUAGGUCUUGAUGUUGAAGAAGAACAAGAAGUGGACGACGCCGACGAGAAAAGAACUAAUUACCAUUCUCGAGGCUGCUUGUCCUUGGUUUGUUGAUAUGUUCUUCGACGAUUCAGUAUGCCACAGCGUCGUAGUACCACGCUACCACCCCUACGGUGCGACAAGAAGAACGAAUUAAAAUCGUUGACACAUAAUUCCAGUUUCUUAAGACCGCGACCUACUUCCGAUUUGCCCAUUUUAUAAGCGAGCGACGGGAUCGAGUCACGGCUGCAAUUGCCCUUCUACCUUCGCCCCAGUGUGUGGGACGGAUGGGAAAACCUACUCCCACGCGGAUUGUUUGCAGUGCAACUCUAUCCACUGCGAAAGUAUCCUCGUAGUCGUACUUUUAAUUGCGAUAUUUUCUUCCCUUGGCAAGUCUCAUUUUCAUUCUGCCUGUUCUAGCAUGACAAAUUCUAUGUAGUUUCAACCAGAGAAAAUAAAUUUGUAAUGCGGUCGUAAUUUCUACGAGGACGAUACUUUUGCAAUGCAUAAACACCAGUCACGGCGUGAAGCAGGCCUAUGUCGGAAUGUGCCUUUCCACUUCGACGCCGAGUGCCUCGUGUGGCUGUCCGACGAAGCACGAGCCCGUUUGUGGCAGCGACGGUAAUACUAUUCCCUGAAAAUUAACCAUCCCCUUCCCCAUCUACUUUUUGCGUGAAGACAGAGGACACAGAACUCCCGUACAUGUUUUGCAUGGCAAAUUGGAUGGCGAUUGUUAAUUUUCAGGGAAUAAACACGUAUGCCAACGCCGGGUGCAUGGCCUGCGCGAAAGCCAGCGAUGGAACAAGCAAUGUGAUGAAAGCCAGUGAUGGCCAGUGUCUUUCCACUACGGUCUAUCCAAAGAAAAAAGUGUUACAGUUACACAUUUGUUGGAAUUUCAGCAUCACAAAUUUGCUCUGCAUGGCGAAGAAAACUUGUGAUGCGCAGACUAUAAGGGAAAACACGAAUGGAAUGAGGCUGGCACGCGUUUCCUGCAUGACAGAGGUUGCCUGUCUUGCUUGCCUUGCAUGAGAAUGUGUAACUGUAACACUUUUUUCUCACGAUACGGUUACGAUCAAUGGCGUUGCGUCGGUGAGUUCGUCGUGCAGGUGCAGCUCGGUGUUCGCCCCGAUCUGUGGCAGCGACGGCACGACGUAUGCAAACGAGGGCUGUAUUGCCUGCAAGGCGGGAUUGUCGAAGGCGCACGAUGGAGCAUGUGGCGCGUAUCGCACCAAAAAGUGUUAUACGUUUAACGGAAAUUAUUCGCAUGCAGUAAGAAACGCAUCAGAAAUUAAUUGCAGAUGCUCCUCGAUUUGAAUUUGGUUGUAUUGGAAAGCAUGCAUGCGAGGAAAACAAGAGCUGUCCUGCGUGACAACUGCAAUCUUUGAAAAUGACCGUUACCUAUGAGCACUUUUUUGCUUGAUAGCGCGAUGGUGAUUGGUACCGCGGCGAUCGGGGGAACCGCGUACGGCUGUACGUGCGCCACGGCUUGGAACCCCGUGUGCGGCAGCGACGGCGAGACCUACUCCAACGAAAGUUGCAUGGGCUGCGUGACCGGCGUGAAGAAGGCCUACGCGGGCGAAUGCCAGGUCGCCACGACGCCGCCCAGCCAAUGCGUUUGCCCGACCGUGGUCGCGCCGGUAUGCGGCAGUGACGGCAAGACGUACUCCAACGAGGCGUGUUGUGGGAGUGUCAGGAUUGAAAUUGUCAAAGUUGAAAUGAUUUGUCAUGCAUAAAAUGCGACGCAGAAAUUGGCUCUAUUGCAGAGGACGCACGGGAGGCAGAUUAUAGUCCUGGCAUGGGGCAAAAGUUGGACUGCUGACAAGCAUGACAGAAGGCAGCUCUUUUGCCCUAAAGCGCAUGACAGACUCGCUUCCAGGACCGGGAAAAUUUGUCAUGCACCGACUACAAACUGUAGGUCUAACUGGUAUCCGUUUUAUGCAUCGCAAAUCAUUUCAACUUUGACGAUUUCAAUCCUGACAGUUCCAUACGUGUAUGAGCUGCCGGGCGGGCGCGGGCGUCACCAAGGCCGCGGAUGGCGCUUGUGGCAGUGGCGGUGUUACUCCACCCAUGUGCAUGUGCAGCUCCCUCCAUGCCCCCGUCUGCGGCAGCGACGGCACUACUUACGCGAACGAGGGCUGCAUGGUCUGCUCCUCUGGCUAUCAAAUGUAAAAAUGUCUUGUGCUGGAAGAGUGCGAGGUUUGUCAUGCUUGUCUGGCAUGACUCUUAAAUCUGUCAUGCACGUUACCCAAGAGUUCCGCUUUUCUGUGAUGCAGAGGCGCAGUUUGUCAUGCAGAAUAGGCAACACCUAGGAGCUCAGAAACUUGUCAUGCUGAGCCAGCAUCUGUAGCCUCAUCAUGAGAUGCCACCCAGCAUCACAAGUUUCCAGACCCAGACAUUUUUACUUUUGAUACUGGCGUCACGAAGACGAAAGACGGGCCCUGUGAUCCACCGACCACGACGCCCGCGCCGGCAACUCCGGGGCCGACGAUUCAGGCACAAAAAGAGUAUCCGACUGAUGCUCCUGCACAAGUAGAGCUAUGUCGUCCCAGUGUAUGUGUAGUGCGCGUGGUCGCCCCGGCGUACCACGUGUAAGAAAGAUGCCAAAGUUGGCCAGUGGCAGUGCCCGGAUGACGAGAUAAAACAACUACAAUAAACAGUAGAUGAAAAUAAAGAAGUUCUGAUGUAGUACAAGUAUUUGGGGCUCGCGCCGCAGUGCAGACACAGCGGCGCGGGGAUCUGCACAUAACAAUAGAACAAUAGCACUGGAAGCAGCAACUAGAUCUCCUGGAAGCAGCUAAAUAAAGAAGCUUGGCCGAAGGGGAGGCGCCUUUUAUUUGGCGAGGGGCUUUGGCGGGAAGGGCAGCCGACGCACGAAAAAAACUGCAGUUUCCCUGCCAAGCAGCAAAAGGCAAAGCAGCAAAGUGUGUAAGUACUUCAGCUAUCCGAUGCUCGCAAAAGCACGAACAAAAGACAAAGAGAAGAAAAAACCAAAAGAAAACUGGCAGGCGCAAACCGCCAGCAGCAGCCCAAAACUUAGAACGCUUGGCCCGGCCGGCGCCUGUAGUGCCAGAACGAGAAGCAGGGCCCAGCAAUCGAGGCAGAAAAUAAGCGCGCGCCCUCCAGGUUGUUCCCGUUGCAUUCGGUGACAGGCGCGCCCCCUAUCGGCUGGCGACUAGAAAUCCGCCGCAGGUGCGGCCGCCCUCUCUGUUUUCACAUCACUGCAGCCACCCCCGCGCUGCUAGGGCCAGGGUGCUGCUCUUCGGGGUACAUGCGUUUCGGCUACCUUUAGCUGCGAUUUGUGGAGGUAGGGGUCGCCGGUGGUCGCUUGGUACAUACAAACACAGCUGCAACCCUGUGAACCGCUGCGCACCUGCUGGCGCUAAUUGUAAAUCGCGCGCGCCGCUGUAGUAGCAGGGCUUCGCCACGCCUGUUGCUUCCCAGUAGCAGGCACCCCUGCAGCAGCGCGCCUAUUUGGUCCAGAUCCUUUACCUUUUUUUUACUACUUUCUUUAUAUGCGAAGCUGAUGAAUAUGAAAGUAGGCAACCGCCCCACCUGCCCUCACCGCCUGAACGCGACAGGCAUUCCGGUGGUUGUUUCUAUGCCUCUCCCAACUCGCGCGAGAUUGGUCGCUUUUUUGCUUCCGUUUUCGAGAGGGUAGACCGGUCACGCGUGCAAGAACAACUACAAAGGCCUGCUUGCAAAGCAGACAAACCACGUAGUGUUCUUGUAUGAGUAGAAAGAAAUGACUUUUGGGUCCCAAUUAUCUGUAGCCGGUUUUGGGACAAGACCUGUAGAGGUCGACCUCUAGAGGUGGACCUCUAGAGCUCACCCCUACAGGUUUUGCACCUCUAGAGGUCGCGGCCCUCCUUGGGCUCCAGGUUUUCCCACAGUAGUGUGGGGAUUCGAAAUAGAAAGGUGAGCGAAAAAAAGGCUACCUCUAGAGCUUGGGCCCUCCUUUGGCCCAGGUUUGAGCCAGGUCCGCGUCACAGUAGCAUUGUGAUUCGAAAAAAAACGUCAAUGGCCGUCCUUUGAGCCUUCUUGGUCCCAGGUUUUAGACUAUUUGCUGCGAGUACUAUAGUUCUUUUGGCUACUAGUAGAACUAGUAGCUGCCACUGCAGCUGCACCACCGCAUGUCGAAUUCAGAUGGAGCAACCAUGUUCUGCUCCUGCGGUGCAACUGCAAUCUGGGAUCCAUAUCUUGCUGUAACCUCAAACUGUCACGCGUGUUAACUAGCUGCGUUUUUACAUCCAAAAGCAAAAUGAAGACCGGAGGAGCUCGCUCUUGUGCACUUUCAUAAAAAAGAAACGGAUGAUAACAAAAAUCUCAUUAUCGGUCUCGCGGUGAUCGGGGGAACUUUCGGGAUGUUGCUGCUGGGAGGCACCUAUGAUUUGCAAAUGUAACGUACUAGUUAUAAAUUGCAAUACGAAUACAAAUUGGCUCAGCAUUACUACAAAUGGAAUUUGUUAUGCAAAUUUGCCUUAUGAACCAGAUUUGUAAUGCAUUAAUGCGAUUAGUCAGACUAGUACGAUACUUUUGCACAGGAUAGAGCCCUCAUCUUCGUCUUGAUUAAGUGCAACCAAAAAGAGGCCCCACCACCGCGCUUUUCUCGCGGGUCCGUGCCGGGUGGGCAGGUAAGUAAGCCUAUACAAGCGUCGCAUAAAAACGUCGCACUCAUUUCUUCGAUCUCGAGCCUGCGAUGUCUCGGUUGGAUUACCAAAACUUGCUCCUCUAUCUCACAAUAUAUAAGACUACGCUGCGGCUGCCAGCAGAGCUCUUUCAUCAUGCAGCACCGCAGGUGACCUACUAGACGCGCGCCUGAGCUGCACCAUGGUCGACGCUGUUGAGGAAGUAAAUGCAAAUAGUUCUUCUAAAGGAGUGCUCAUCGAUGCUUUUGUCACAUAUGUGAAAGACCUUCAUCUCCACACCAGUCGCUGCCGAUUAUAUCAUCAUCCCCAUAUUUACCCAUAGGUUUUCAUUGAGACCGAGCCGGCCGUCGUCCUUGUGGAGCAACCAGGUCGUCGCUCUGGUUCCCGGAUGAAUAAAUCCCGCUCAUCGAAAACAAGACGGAGCGGUCGCACCCCUCGACGCAGUCAGGAGGGCUCGGCGGCACACAUGGUUCGUGAUGGCGCGGAGCAGGAUGAUUUUGCAGCACAAGUGGAAAACGACGCGGCUGGUGGUGAAGAUGUUCCCCCGAACAAGGCCAUUGCAGAGGCCAUGGAAGCUGCAGAUGCGGCCGAGGAGGCUGAGGAUGUUGACGAAAACCAAAACGCGGCUGCUACUGCUCCGAAGGCCAUUGUCGCGGCGGCGGAGGGAGAAGGCGCGGACUACGAAGGAGAGGAACCUGGAGUCGAGUACGGGGGCCGCGAGGGUGCUGGUUACUACGAAGAUGCGGCUUGGUACGGCGAGGACUACGACUACUCCCAAGAUUAUGACUAUCGACCCUCGUCCGCGCGGAAGGAGAAAAAGAAGAAGAAAUCUUCGUCUUAUGCAGUUGCAAACGUACUAUUGGGAGCCUUUUCGUAGUAUGGACACAUAGAGGACGCUGAAGACCUGCUAGCUACACGAACUGUGCUUGGAUCAUUCUGGUCGUGAUACUAAAGUGGCAGAACAUCAACAUACCUCCGCCGCUACUUCAACUGGCAUUCCAAAGUAGCAGGCAAAGUGACAGACUUUUCGUGAUGAUCUUGUGUUGGUUAGGUUCUCUCGCGGAACGGUAGCCGUAAACGAACAAUAACUAAACGCAUACUGACAUAACGUUUGCAACUUCCAUGAUGCGAAGAAGUACUACGGCGAAGGAGAGACGGGCUACUACGCCGAGGACUACGAUUACGACUACGGUUACGACGAACAAAACUACUGAAAUGCUGUGGUCGGUCGUCGAUCAGGUGGUGGUCGGAACGAAUUGCAGCCCAAGUGGUCCACGUCGGCGCCGGGCCUCUUGCAUUGAUUAUUGUACUUACAACCAAAAUGCGCCAUCUACCUUGCACCUCAUCUAGUACAGUGUGCAUUGUUUCUAAAAUGAAAGAUUAGCGAAAAACGCGACACCAUGUCUUUCUGGUUUCACGAAUAAUUAUCACGUGUGUAGCUUCGUCCAUGUGAAGUUGAGAAGUCGUGCAGAAAAAACUGUGGCCACGGGUAUACCAGGC